CUCAAGUCAACACCAUGGACCACUAGUACUACUGUACUACACCUCCGUCGUUUCUGGUCAAGCUUGGCUGCUCAAUCAAGAGACCAAGACCGGCUACAUGCAUGCCUUGCCUACAUAUACACAAGCACAAUCGAGCAGACACGCCGGAGAGUUUACGUUAAGUGACAGCCGGCGAGCUCGAGCUCGAGGCGUUGAGGUGACGAUCGAAGAGGAAGAGAGCAUGGAGGUCCAGCACCAGCACCAGCAGCAGCAGGGAGAGGGAGGAGCCCCUGCCCCAGCGGCGGAGCUCGAAGUCUCCCUCCGCGAGUUCACGCUGUCCGACGCGGACGCGGAGGCGUUCAUGUCGUGGGCGUCGGACCCUCGCGUGGUCCUCUUCCAGCGCCGCGACGCCUACGACCACAUCGACCAGGCCCGCCGCUACAUCGCCGACCACGUCCUGCCGCACCCGUGGUACCGCGCCAUCUGCGCCGGUACCAGCGCCGGCGCCGGCGCGCCCCUCCCCGUGGUCGGGUCCAUCUCCGUGAAGCCUGCUGCCCCCGCCGAAGCCGACGACGACGGGCGGCUGUUCAGGGCGUCCGUGGGGUACCGCGUGGCGCACGCGCACUGGGGCCGCGGCGUCGCCACGCGCGCGGUGCGGGCGGCGGCCGCGGCCGUGUUCGCGGCGUGGCCGUGGCUGCUGCGCCUGGAGGCCGUGGCCGACGUGGACAACCCGGCGUCGCAGCGCGUGCUGGAGAAGGCCGGGUUCGUCAGGGAGGGCGUGCUGCGCAAGUACAUCCUGCUCAAAGGCCGGCCCAGGGACAUGGUCAUCUUCAGCAUCGUCGUCGAUACGGAUACGGAUACGGACCGUCGCCAGCAGCAGCAGCAGAGUGACAACAAGCCCGAUGGGCCGUAGAUGAUGGGCCGCGAUGCUAUGCUCUUCCUGGCCUUUUGCUGUCGCGUAUCAUGUGUGUGAGUGAUACAUAAUUUGGGAAAAAAAAAAAUAUGAACAGACGUACCACCGUACUAUAUGAAUUGGAAAGUCAAAAGAAGAGCAAAAUAAGAUGAUUCGGUA